GACUUAGCCUUUAGAUGAACACUACCCCUCAUCAUCGUCUCUGUCUCUCAGCUUGGCUGCAGUGUCCGGUGAUGGCAGCCAGACGGCCUCCACAGUCUCGGGAGGCGCCUCCUGUCAUUCGACCGAUUCAAGUCACUGCCCACCGGCGCCCCUUCAAUCGGUCGGUGGUUUCUUAUCGGCCUACAUCUGCGUCCAGGGUUCAUCUGACAGUUACACAACAAUUCUUUCUCUGCAAAGCUAAAACAUAUGAAUCCGAAGUAGUUCCUCGCAACUUUGCUGCAAUCCCCUCUAGUCUGUUAACUGCAGAGAGAGAGGAGGCAAAGGCUGUAUUAACAAUGUUUCUGAAAAAACAAGGUUUGAGCAACACAGUGGCAGCGAGAGUUAUCAACAAAUCAGAAUGUUUUGUAGAUCACCUCAUUUUGAAGCUCCACUUGAUGCAUAAGUCUCGGUAUCUAGUAGGGAGAGAGCUCACGACUCUUGAAAUUAGAGGUGCAUUCAUUCCAUUCCUUGAAUCUCUUCUUGAAGAACAUGGGGAUGCAUUGGUAGAUUUUGUUGAGAACUUCCCAGACCCUCCAGGUAUAGAAAGAGCUGCUUCGACUUCUCCUGUAAACACUACUAGUUCUAGUUCUAGUUCUAAGAAAGAAAGAGCCAUAGCCCGAGUAAGUCAACUAAGUCCUGAUGGCCUUCUUCCUGAACUUGUCCUCUACCUUGUGGACCUCGGUAUGAAACUUGAGCAGAUCAAGGACAUAGUGCGUAAGUUUCCAGCUUUUGCUUACUAUAGUUUGGACCGCAAAAUCAAGCCUUUGGUGGAGUUUCUUCUGGAGCUUGGUGUCCCCCGAUCAGACAUUCCAACCAUCCUUAUUAAAAGGCCUCAGCUAUGUGGUAUCAGCUUUUCGGAGAAUCUGAAGCCCAUGAUGGCCUAUUUAGAGAACUUGGGUGUCGACAAGAGCAAAUGGGCCAAGGUUAUAUACAGAUUUCCAGCAUUGCUCACCUACAGCAGACAAAAGGUGAAGGCAACCACCGAUUACCUAUGCGAACUAGGUGUUUCAGAGAAGAAUAUAGGAAAGAUUCUGACACGCUGCCCCCAUAUCAUAAGCUAUAGCAUCGAAGAUAAGCUCAGGCCUACAGCUGAUUACUUCCAGUCGAUAGGUAUCGACGUUGCCUCUCUUAUGCACAAAUGCCCUCAGACUUUUGGACUAAGCAUCGAGGCUAAUCUGAAGCCGGUCACAGAGUUUUUUCUUGAAAGGGGUUAUAGCACAGCAGAAGUGAGCACCAUGGUUCACAGAUAUGGAGCUCUUUAUACUUUCAGCCUGGUUGAUAACUUGAUACCCAAAUGGAACUACUUCUUAACAAUGGAUUAUCCAAAAUCAGAGCUUGUCAAAUUUCCUCACUACUUUGGCUAUAGCUUGGAGGAGAGGAUAAAACCUAGAUACAGCCGGGUACGGGAAUGUGGAGUGAAGCUGGUAUUGAACCAGGUGUUGUCUGUUACCAACAGUCAGUUCGAGAAGAUAUUGGAGAAAAAAAGGGAAAAAAUAUUAGAUGCUCAGUUUCCCCAGGGACAAAAUAAAUGACUUGCAAAUUACUAAAAAGAACAGGUGCCGUGAACUGAUACGGUAGCAGAUUCUCGCAUGAGUUCCACCCUAUGUAGCCAGUCAUUGGAUCUCGGAAAGACACAGAUAAUGUUGUUAGGAGAUGCCAGAUCUGGUGCCUACUGCCUUAAAACUACAUGGCAGCAGGGAUCUCUUAUAUGUGAUCCUAGCUUUAGCUUUGAUCUUGCAACACUUGGUAGUUUUGCGAUGUAUAUGUAACUACAGCAUGAUUACUAAUGGUGCUUGUUUCAUGCAAGAUAUCUCUCUCAGGUUUAGAAAGUGACAGUGUACAGUUUCAUAUCUCUACCUUAAUUCAAAUUAACUUUGUAGUUGGAUCCA